CAGUGCUCAACGCUAGCGCUGCGUGAAGCCGAGUCCUCUUAAGGUAAAGCAGGGCAACGGUAUGGAUGCUGCAUUCUUCAUGAAGUACAGGUACCAGGAUGAGGAGACGCCCCCCCUGGAGCACAGUCCAUCCCACCUGGCCCCAGGGAAGAGCGCAGAGAUGCUGCACAUGAGCGACAAGAACCUGGCCGCCAUGGAGGCCCUGCACGGAUACACACCACACACACACAUCUCUCCUGUUAAGGGAAAUUCUCCCCCAAUGGUUGUGAACACGGACACACUCGACGGCUCGCCAUACGUAAAUGGAACCGAAGGAGAAAUCGAAUAUGAGGAGAUCACAUUGGAGCGAGGGAACUCAGGUCUGGGCUUCAGCAUCGCCGGGGGAACUGACAACCCCCACGUGGGAGACGACCCCAGCAUCUUCAUCACCAAAAUCAUCCCUGGGGGCGCGGCGGCCCAGGACGGCCGUUUGAGCGUCAACGACUGCAUCCUGUUUGUGAACGACGUGGACGUGAGGGAGGUGACCCACAGCCAGGCGGUGGAGGCGCUGAAGGAGGCCGGGGCCAUCGUCCGCCUCUACGUCCUACGGAGGAAGCCCGCGGCCGAGAAAGUCACAGAGAUCAAACUCAUCAAGGGACCCAAAGGGUUGGGUUUCAGCAUUGCUGGAGGGGUGGGGAACCAGCAUAUACCAGGAGACAACAGCAUCUAUGUCACCAAGAUCAUUGAGGGUGGGGCCGCCCACAAAGAUGGCCGCCUACAGAUCGGGGACAAGAUACUGGCGGUGAACACCGUGUGUUUGGAGGACGUGAUGCACGAGGACGCGGUGGGCGCGCUAAAGAACACGGCUGAGGUGGUGUACCUGCGCGUGGCCAAGCCCAACAACCUGUACCUGACCAACUCCUACAACCCCCCAGACCUCACCAGCACAUAUUCUCAUAUGGACACGGACCUCAGCCACCCCAACUACCUUGGCUCGGAUUACCCACAAGCCCUCACUCCCACCUCGCCCAGCCGGUUCUCACCUGUGCUGCAUGGCAUGAUGGGAGACGAAGACCUGCCCAGGGACCCGAGGAGAGUGCUGAUCCACAGGGGGUCCACGGGACUAGGCUUCAACAUCGUGGGAGGAGAGGAUGGGGAGGGUAUCUUCAUCUCCUUCAUCCUGGCCGGAGGCCCGGCCGACCUGAGCGGGGAGCUGCACAAGGGAGACCAGAUCAUCAGUGUGAACGGCGUCGACCUGCGGAUGGCGACUCAUGAGCAGGCGGCCGCAGCGCUGAAGAACGCCGGUCAGACCGUCACCAUCAUCGCUCAGUACCGGCCCGACGAGUACAGCCGCUUUGAGGCGAAGAUCCACGAUCUGAGAGAGCAGCUGAUGAACAGCAGUAUGGGAUCUGGAACGACCACGCUACGAAGCAACACCAAGAGGGGAUUCUACUUAAGGGCUCUGUUUGACUACGACAAGACGGCAGACUGUGGCUUCCUCAGCCAGGCGCUGGGCUUCCACUUCGGGGACGUGCUCCACGUCAUCGACUGUGGGGACGAGGAGUGGUGGCAGGCCCGCCGGGUCACCACCCCCAACGAGGCCGAGGAGAUGGGCUUCAUCCCCAGCAAACACAGGGUAGAAAGGAAAGAAUGGUCUCGCACCAAAGAGAGGGACCACAGUCGCGAAACUCUGGGCUCUCAAGGGAACCCACACAGUUAUGAGACGGUCACACAAGUAGAAGUCCAUUACGCCAGGCCCAUCAUUAUUCUGGGCCCGGUGAAGGACCGAGUCAACGACGACCUACUCUCAGAGUUCCCCGACAAGUUUGGAUCCUGUGUUCCACACACCACGCGGCCCAAGCGGGAGUACGAGGUGGAUGGGCGGGACUACCACUUUGUGUCGUCAAGGGAACAGAUGGAGAAGGACAUCCAGAGCCACCGCUUCAUCGAGGCCGGCCAGUACAACAGCCACCUGUACGGCACCAGCGUGCAGAGCGUCCGGGAGGUGGCCGAGCAGCAGGGUAAGCACUGCAUCCUGGACGUGUCGGCCAACGCGGUGCGCAGGCUGCAGGCCGCCCAGCUCCACCCAAUCGCCAUCUUCGUCCGGCCCAAGUCCCUGGAGAACGUCCUUGAGAUCAACACCCGUCUGACGGAGGAGCAGGCCAGGAAGGGAAUGGACCGCGCCCUGAAACUGGAACAGGACUUCCUGGAGUGCUUCUCAGCCGUGGUGGACGGGGACAGCUUUGAAGAGGUCUACCACAAGGUGAAGACGGUGAUCGAGGAGCAGUCAGGGCCCUACAUCUGGAUCCCCACCCGAGAGAGGCUGUGAUGACAAUGGGCCCCUCAACCUCCGCCAUCCGCCCCGCGAACCGCCUCCCCAAUACCGAUACCUCCCGCCCGGCCGCCACCCUACCUUGACCGAAACCCCUCCUAUCACGUCCUCACAGCCGGCCCCUGACCCACACAUGCAGAUGAUCAAAGAGAGGAGAGAGAGGAGGAGUCAGGGAGAAUGGAGCCCGACCGAAACCAUAGAAUAAGAGAGGGAGAG